UCCCGCGAGGUGGCAAAAUUUUGGGACAACAUUUUUUCGUUGGGCUGUGCUUCGUGGUUUGACGUUUCUCUCUCUUUUCGUCAAGAUUUCCUGAGGAAAGAUGGCGGCGCAUAAAACCUUCAGGGUGAAGCAAAAAUUGGCUAAGAAGCUGAAGCAAAACAGACCGAUUCCGCAUUGGAUCCGGAUGAGGACUGGAAACACUAUCCGGUACAACGCUAAGAGGCGUCACUGGAGGCGCACGAAGCUAAAGUUGUAAGCGGUGUGCUCAUCGGGAUCCCCGUCGAGACCUGUGCGAUCGACAAGAACAUGUAAUAAGGUAUAUUACAGUCAAUAAACUCCAGAAAAGUAA